AUGCACGUCGAAACGUCAAACGGGGAUAAUAUCGAGAGUGAGGAUGCAGAAGACAGUGAGGAUGUAAGCUGGGUGGGGGAGGUGGGAGGGAGUGCGUGGCAGAGGGAGGACGGGGUGGCAUUGGCGGCGCUACGAGCGGUGUUCUCUUGGCUGGACGGCGGGUCGCUGAUGCGGGCGGCGAGCGUGUGCCGCGUGUGGCGCACCGCCGCUGACGAGCCGGCGCUGUGGCGGCGCUGCGUGCUGCCGCGCGCCUCGCCCGCGCAGGUGCGGGCGUUGCGCCGCGCCUCCGCCGCCGCGCAACUGCACUGUGUUACAGAGUCGUCCUGGUCGGGCUGGUCGUGGCGGCGCGAGUACUGGCUGGCGGCGGCGCGCUGGCUACUGCGCGCGCGGCUGCCGGCGGCGGGCGGCGCGGCCGUCACGCACGCCGCGCUCAGCCAUGCCGCCGACCGCAUCGCCGUCACCGCCGAUGACGCCUCGCUCACUGUACCUACCUUGUAA